CGCGAAAUCGUCCGUGUUGGAAUUCCCACCGCUUCCAUAUUGCCGUUGCGAACACGAAUGCGCACAAAGGGAUCAGGCAUGAAGAAAGCAGCAGCUGGCAGCAAGAAGUUGAUUUGGCGUGGUAAACCAGUCACGGAGCAUGACAUCAAGGUGUACAAGCUCAUCAGUCUGAUUCCCGCUGGAAAGGUUGCAACGUAUGGCACUGUCGCCAAAGCCAUCCAGUCGGGGCCACGAGGAGUCGGCCAAGCUUUGCGACGGAACCCAUUUGCCCCACAAGUUCCUUGCCAUCGAGUCGUCUCUGCUUCAAGAGAUCUCCAUGGGUUUCGAGGUUCCACGGACCCCAAGUGCAAUGACUUGAAGGACAAGCGAACUCUUCUCACGGAAGAAGGUGUCGAGUUCAACGAUACAAAGGUGGAUGUAUCGUGCAUGUAUGUGUUCACCCAAGAUGAUUUGGACCAGUUGGAAGCCAAGUCGCCGUGAACAAAGCUCCUUCGCAUGAGCAUGGAAAUAUACAUGUGAACGUUACGAUGUCAUCGAGUUUCUACACGCGCAGACGAGAGGAGGAUGG